AUGGCAUCAAGUGUUACAGUUCAAUCAGUGUUGGAGAAGAUUAGUGUGGAUCAUCUGGAAUGCUCCAUCUGCACCAACCGUUUCAGGCAGCCCAAACUGCUGGACUGUUUGCAUAGUUUUUGCCUGCAAUGCCUCCAAGAGCUCAGACAGAGCCAAGAUCCUAGUAGUACAAAGCUGACAUGUCCUCUGUGCAGAUGUGAAACCAUGUUGAAAGGGUCUGGGGUUGCUGAUCUCCCUAAUAACUUUGCCUUCAGUGCCAUGGUGGAGGAAGUUACAAUGCAGGAAAAGCUACUGGAAGGUCAAGGGUCAGAGAUCAAAUGUCAAGCCUGUGAUGAGGAGAAUCAGGCUAUUUCAAGAUGCAUGAACUGUGAUCAUUUCCUCUGCCAAGAAUGUCACAAGGCACAUGGACGAAUGAAUUUGAUGAUGAAAUCUCACAAAAUCUACACACUGGCUCAACUUCGAUCAGGAGAGAUUGUCUACAAGAGUAAACUAAGAGAACAAGUUCCCAAAUGUGGCGAGCAUCCAGAUCAGAAUCUCAAUGUCUACUGCAACACAUGUGAGCAAGUCAUAUGCACAACUUGCUCUGUACUUGAUCAUGCAAAACACACACUCACUGGAUUACCUGAGGCAGUAGAAAAAUGUAAGAAGAAGGUCACAGAAAUGGUCCGAAAAAGUGAGAGAAGAAAAACAGAAUUGGGCACCACCAUAGAAGACACAUGCAAAUCUUGCAAAGAGCUGGAAACCAUGUUUGCCAAAACUCAAAAGAAAAUCUCCAAAAAGGCUCAACAGAAGAUUACAAAGCUCCAACAGGAGAUUACAAAGCUCAAACAGGAGGUUGCAAAGAUCCAAAAGGAGAUAACAAAGAUCCAAAAGGAAGAAAAGAAACUGUUAAAAGAGACAGACAUGAUUUAUAAAGACAAACUCAAAGCUUUUGAAGCUGUUCAAGCAACCAACAGGAAAGAGGUGACACAGACAGAGCACAAGCUGGAGGAGGUCAAACAACUCAUGAAUCAAGCAAGUUGCUACGAGAUUCUUGAACUUCAGCAGAAGCUCUUGCAUAACCUCAGUGAAUUGACAGGGAAACAGCCACAGCAAGUUCCUGACAAGUUGACCUUCAUGGAUUUUGAAGAAGGUGAGAGGUCACUUGGGAGACUCAUUCUGAAAGAAGAGCCAAAGGCUGCAGCAAAGCAAUCAUCAAGACCUGCAAGAUUACUUGUGAAGGAGAAAUGGGAACUUAAGACUGAAAUCAAGAACUUUGAAUUAACAGAUGCAUUUAUUGCAAAUGCGGCACCAUGUUCUGAAAAUAAAAUACUUGCACUAGCUUCUAGAGGAAUUUUUGAAAAAAAAAUUGCACUAUUCACAGUUUCACUUCCCAACAGCCAACAUACACCGGCUCCUGUCCCACAAAGGCUUUAUAUCAAUGGCCUCACUGAAAAUGUAACAUGCAUUGCAGUCAGCAAGGAUGACAACCUCCGAGUUCUAAAUGGUCCAGUAGUCAAGGUCUUCAACAAGCAACAUCAGCUCCUCCACCAGUUCACACCAGGUAUAGGGUCAGACAGCCAACCAACAUGCCUUGCAUUGGAUGACAGCAAUCUGAUAGCAGUGGGUUAUGCAGGCAAGAAUGAGAUAUCUCUACACAACCCAGAUGGAUCCCUCAUCAGGAGACUGCCUGCUCCAAUGAUUCGAGGUAAUCUGACAAUGUACAAUCACCACCUUAUCUACACAAACCUGCCCAAGAAAAGGUUGGUAUGUGUAGACUACUAUGGUGCCAGUGUAUUCUCAGUAGACAUGUCCAGCAACAUGCAGUGGGGUGGGCACCCUACUGGUGUGUGCUGUGACAGUGAUGGCAGCAUCUAUGUUGCUGUGGUUGGAUAUCUAACAGGUGAUAUUCUGCAUUACAGUCCUGAUGGCAAGUACAUUGGAUGUGUGAUCAAGGGAUGUAGUAAUCCAUAUGGCAUCACAUUCACAUCAGGUGGUGAUCUAGUAGUGGCUGCAAACAAGUCUGUACAGGUCUAUCACCAAGUGUAAGGACAGAUUAAUUAUACUGGGGCUAUCCAGCAUAUCCACCAACCACUUCCAUCAGACAUUGAUCAUUGUUAUCACUGACA